AAUUCGGUGAGCCAGGAUGUGGUGUUUUCUUCCCCUUUUCAGGCCAAGGCCCGGCAGGGCUGGCUCAUGGUGGGCACAGUGGGCUGCCCAGGUCCUGAGAUCUCCCAGUCCUUCAAGGUCCCCAUCACUAGCUGCCUAGAGUUCAUCUGGGAGCGGCCUACUCUCCUUGUGCUGGGCAAUGAGGGCUCUGGUUUGUCCCAGGAGGUUCUUGCCUCCUGCCAGCUGCUCCUCACUAUUCUGCCCAGGCGUCAGCUGCCUCCCGGUCUUGAGUCCUUGAAUGUGUCUGUGGCCACAGGAAUUCUUCUACACUCCAUUUGCAGCCAGAAGAAGGGUUUCCCUGCACAGACCGAGAAAGGACAACUUCUCCAAGACACUUGAGAACCCUUAGCUACGCCUGGAGGACUCAGAGAGGCCCAGUACCCAGGACUGCCACUGUGGUCGGAUGAACAGGCUCAAAGUGGGCUCAUCUCAACUGAGAUACACAUGUGUAGGAAUCGGACCAAGUCGCACGCCGAUUCUCACUCAGGCUUGAAUGUACCGGGCUCUCUGCCUGUGAGAGGCUGUUUAUUGGCUAUGGUCAGUGGAGACCAAGGGGGUGGGGUGUCAUUUCCAGUUGGAAAUGGUAGUUUGCUAAUGUCCAGGAUGCGUUAAGACAGAUGGUGUCUGUCCUGGAUCUUUCCUAGGACAGUCAAAGGGAUGUCUUGGCAUGAGGAAGAAUGGGGCAGUCCAGUGCAGGGCGUAUGACGUAUGAGAGUGAGGAUGUAGAGGGAAGUUGAGUGGACGCGUGUGCAUACCUACUCUUCCAGGUGAUGAGAAUUAAGUGAAUGAGGGGUUCCAGCCAGUGAGUGCCUUACAGCUGAGCUGAGCUGUCCUGCCCUGUCUCUCCAUUAGGUGGCAGUCUUGCUCUUUGCACCAUAGUUUUGCAGCUGCAAAGCACCAUUAGAGACAGGGAAGAUACAAACACACACACACACACACACACAGAGAGAGAGAGAGAGAGAGAGAGAGAGAGAGAGAGAGAGAGAGAGAGAGAGAGCAGUCCAACCUGGUGGAACCCAUGACCCAGAGCCCUUGCUUUUGAGUCUGAGAGGUUAUAAAGUCAGGGUCACUAUUAUGCAAUUCCAAAUAGGUUUGGUCCCCUCCUCCAGGGUCCCACAAGUGGAUAAAAAGUCUGAUAUUGCAGAAUAGUGGUCUCACUCUGGGCUGCACGUUGGAACACUUGAUAAGCAUUAACAGAACAAGCCCAAUACAGCAGCCACCGUGUGAUGCUGAGAAGGGUGGGUAAACCCUGGGCAGUAGGAUUUUCUUUCUCUCUCUCUCUCUCUCUCUCUCUCUCUCUCUCUCUCUCUUUCUUUCUUUCCUUCCUUUUUGAGAUGGGGUUUCAUGUACCUAGAGUGUCCUAAAACUUGCCCUUUAGCUGAAGAUUACCUUGAACUUUUGAUCCUCCUGUCCCUACCUCCCAAGUGCAAGAAUUCAAGACACCCCCCACUGUGCCCACUCUAUAUGUAGCUGCAGGUAGAUCUAGGGCUUUGUGCAAGCUAUACAAACACUCUACUUACUGAGCUCUGUCUGAGCCCUAGGCUGGAUGAUCCUUUGCUGUAGGAACUGUCCCGAGCACGGUGAGACGUACCCACUAGACUCCAGGAGGUCUGUAUCCCAUCUCCAGUUAUGAAACAAAACUGUCCUCACAUGGCCAGAUAUCUUGACUGACAGCCCUCAGUGUGGGAUGGAGGACCAUCUCUGAAUUGUAAUCCCGGCGGCUGUGAGACUUGGGAAAAGUCACCUCCAUGUUCUCUCUAUAUCCUUGGGAUAUAAAGAACAACAGGAGCUUGGUGCCUGUUUCCUCUGCGAUCUCCCUGGAGUAGGGUCCGAAUGGCAGUGAGCACUUAGUACAAGGUUUGAAUUUGUUUGCAGAAGGCCUGGAGAUCUUACUUUUCUUGCUGCUGUUGAAAAUACCGAAUA